AGUCAUAUUUAUUUUCGUUUCUUUUCCACUUUCCUUUGCGCAGUACAAAAUUUAGCAUCUCUGUUUAGCCCAGCAGCACAAACGAACAUACGAAAGAAGAACGUAAUUUUUUCUCAUUGAUGGUGUUGUGCGAAAUCUAAUUAAAUCCUAAUUAAUUGUUACAUUUUGGAUAAACAGCAAUCACUUUAAGCAUUCUAGCAAAUUCCCCUUGUAUUAACACUAUUUGAAACGGAAAAUAUAUUGGGGAAAAUCGAAACGAAAGUCAUCAUUGUGAAUUUUAACAGUUCAAAAAAGGCAACCAAACCACACAAAAGAAAGAAAAAAAGAAAAGAAAACGAAAACUCCCAAUUGGACUUGAAAAUAGAAAGAGGGGCAGCUAAAAGCGGUAACACUCAUAAAAGCCAGUAAAAACCACCAUUGAGUGAUUGAACGUAGCGGCUAAAAAUAUUCUUUUGCCCCAUCAUCAGCAAAACAAAAAAAUACGCAACCUAAAAAUUCGGAUUAAAUAAACAAAAAAGUGGUCCAAAAGUUUUUGAAUAAGUUGGAAGCAAGACUAACAGCAAAAGAGAGCGUGAAACGUUAAACAAACAUUUAAAUUUUUCCAUUUACAAACCAAAUUAUUAUUAUUUGUAAUCGUAAACCGGAAGAAUCGAGCUGCCAAGGCCAGAAGAGUCUGUUUGGGUGUUGACUAUAUAGAUCCACCAUUUAUCCAUCCAUCAUCGUCUUCGGUUAGCUGUGGAAGAUGGCGUUGGAUAUGGGUAUACAAGUGAAUGGCAGCAAUGCUGCUCUGACAUCAUCCUUUACUUCAAAGAAAAAGGAUGCUGCUGCAAAUGCUGACAAAGAAAACCUAUGGUCUUCUAUUUUAAGCGAAGUUCAGAAACAAGGCAGCACAAAACUUCCCUCAAAUAAAUCGGUAUUAGUAUUGGGUGAUAAUGCCACUGGCAAAACGACAUUGGUGGCCAAACUGCAGGGAGUGGAGAAUCCCAAAAAGGGUUCUGGUUUGGAAUAUGCCUACAUUGAUGUUAAAGAUGAAUACAGAGAUGAUAUGACCCGUUUAAGUGUUUGGGUCUUAGAUGGUGAUCCAGGUCAUAAAAAUCUCUUACAUUUUGCACUAAAUGAAACAAACUAUGCACACACAUUGGUCAUAUUAACAGUAUCUAUGACGCAGCCAUGGUAUUGGCUGGAACAACUUAAUCAUUGGAUUAAGGUGUUAUCCGAUCACAUUGAGACAUUAAAAUUAGAACCUGGAGAAAAAGAAGAAGCCCGCCAACGUUUAGUAACCUCAUGGCAAAGUUAUUGUGAAGUUGGUGAUGAUUUAGACCCAGGUUCACCUGUUAAACGCACGAUGAGAAAUAAUUCAGUGGACGACGACGAUUUGUUGCCGCUUACCGAUGGAGCACUUCUAACAAAUCUGGGUUUAGACAUUGUCGUGGUAGUUACCAAGACGGACUACAUGACCACACUGGAAAAAGAAUACGACUAUCGAGAUGAGCACUUUGACUUUGUACAGCAGUGGAUAAGGCGUUUUUGUUUGCAACACGGCACCUCUCUCUUCUAUACAAGUGUCAAAGAAGACAAAAACUGUGAUCUCCUUUAUAAAUAUUUAACACAUCGAAUCUAUGGUCUACCAUUCCGUACACCUGCCCUAGUCGUUGAAAAAGAUGCAGUUCUAAUUCCUGCCGGUUGGGAUAGCUUAAAGAAAAUAAGUAUUUUAUAUGAGAAUAUGCAUUCUUGUAAAGCUGAAGACUAUUACACAGAUAUUAUUACGGCGCCACCUUCCAGAAAAGCUGUUUCAAAUCGUGAAAUUGAAGUUCAAACGGAAGAUGAACAAACAUUUUUGGCGCGACAGCAGGAAAUCAUAAAACAAGGCGGACAAGUACGUAGUGAAUCGCCUUUACGCUCACAGGCCAGCAAAGCUAUGCCCCGUACCCCUGGUUCAGCUGGUCAGAACUCUCCCAGUAGGAAGCCUUCUGAUGUUAAAAUGAAUCCUGCCACACCCGGUGGUGAGGGAGUCUUAGCAAAUUUCUUCAAUUCAUUGCUGCACAAAAAAUCCGGUUCGCCGGCCACACCUCCUGGAGCGAUGAGCACACCACGAACCAAUGGUUCAGAUAGCCUACUAACUCCCGACAAAAUCACAAUGCGCACAGAUGCUGCUGCGGAAUUGGAUCGUUUGGCGAGAAGUGUAAAGAAAGAUGUCGAUUUUUCACAAAGUGAAUGUUAGGAAAAACAGCAACAAAAAUUUUAAACAACAAUAGAACAACUAACACUCAAUUCAAAUUAAAACACAAAAAAAACAAAAAAGUAACGAAAAACAACCAAAAUUAGAGGCACUAACUAAAUUUUCGAGAUACUCUUAAAUUUGUUACACAAAAAAGUUAAAGAAAAGUCAACAAAAAAACAGACCCUUCCCUCAAUUUAUGAAAAAAAAAGGAAACAAAAUUAAAAAACAAAACAAAAACAGUUUUAAACCACAGAAAAGAAGAAGAAUUCAGCGUUUUAUAUAUACUACUCUACACACAAAGAAAAUAGAAACACAACAAAAAGAAGCCACAUAUUAAGAGUUAAACAAAACUAGAAAAUCCUUAAGGCCUUUCUAACAAAAAAUCCUCAUGAUCGAUUUAUAUAUAUAUAUAGAGCUAUGUAUACAUACAUCCGUACUUUAAAACAUAUACAAUACAUACCUACAUACAUACAAAUAUAAAAAAAAAAGAAAACUAAAUGAUACUUAGCAAACAAAACAAGCAACACUAGAGAAAUUUUCCCAGAACUACCAAUGACCAACCAUUUCCACAUUUCUUCCCACAGAAAAUUCUACUACUCCUAUAAGCACUCACACCUUCAAACUUCUCACGUGCGUAUAAAACUAAUAAACAUUUUAAAUUAUUAUUAUAAGCAAUGCCUGCUCUGUUGUAUCUGUUAUAUAAUUUUUUUUUUAUUUUUAAAUUUAAUUUUAUUUUUUUCUUCAGUUUUAUUUUUAUUUUUUCCUUUUUUUAUUUCUUUUGCUGUUUAUAAACUGAUUAUUAUUUGUUUUUAUAGAAUUUUUUCCUCCAUUCACUAAAAUUAUCAAGUAUCGUCCACUUAACCAC